CCCACUUCAAUUUUCCCGCGCUCCGAAAUGCCAAUUUUUUUACCUCGCCCUUCCCCUAUUCCACACCCACCCAGUCAGCCAAUUACUUCCCUCUCCCGUCUGAUUCACCGGAUUAGCUUUCUCUUCCUUUCUGCUCCCAUGGACCGUCGAUCGACCACCACCGCCAAGCGAAUCUUGAAGCGGAAGUUGGAGCAAGAGUUCGCCGCAGAGGAUGGAAGAAACCGCAAGGUUAUGGUGUCUGAAUCCGACGAUGCCGUCCCGCAGCAGGAUAAGAGGAGCGAGAUCGAAUCCCAAGUCCGAGUUCUUAACUCCACUUUCUCUUCCAGCGAAUCCGAUCGCGCCGCCUCCAGGACCGCCGCUCAGUUUCUCUCCCAGCUCGCCAAGAAUGCGGAUUUCGUUGAGACGAUUGUGGAUUGCGGUGCCGUGCCUGCGCUGGUUAUGCAACUUCAGACGCCACCUGAUGUGAGUGGAGAUGGUGCUUUCGAUCCAGUCCAGCUCGAGGUGGAGAAGGCCUGCUCGUUUGCUCUUGCCCUUAUUGCAAUACAGCCUCAGUAUCAACAAGUCAUUGUGGAUGCUGGAGCCUUGCCACUCCUUGUCGCUCUUCUUAAGAGGCACAAGAGUCAUAUCAACUCUGGAAUUGUUCCUCUGGUUAUUAGGAAAGCAACUGAUGCCAUUACAAACCUGGCACAUGAGAACAGUAACAUCAAAACAUUAGUCAGGAUUGAAGGCGGCAUUCCACCUCUCGUCGAAUUGCUUGAUUCUGUUGAGCCAAAAGUACAAAGAGCAGCUGCUGGGGCCUUGCGGACUUUGGCGUUCAGAAAUGAUGGCAAUAAAGACGAGGCAUGGAAGCUUGAACUGUACAGUUCAUUAAUUGUGGAACUCAAUGGCUUAGAUACUCUUGUAUUGAUGCUUGAGUCAGAGGAUACAAAAGUACAUUUUGAAGCAGUUGGGGCGAUAGGAAAUCUUGUCCAUUCAUCUCCACAUAUUAAGCAAAAGGUUCUCCAUGCUGGAGCUUUACAACCAGUUAUUAAUUUGCUGAGCUCGACUUGUUCAGAGAGCCAAAGAGAAGCAGCCUUGUUAAUAGGUCAAUUUGCUACGGCUGAUUCUGAUUGCAAGGUGCACAUUGUUCAGAGAGGAGCUAUUUCACCUUUGAUUGAUAUGCUCGAGGCUUCAGAUGUGCAGCUUAAGGAAAUGUCAGCAUUUGCGUUAGGGAGGUUGGCACAGGAAACACACAACCAAGUUGGUAUUGUAUAUCAUGGUGGCAUAGAACCACUCUUGAAGCUUCUUGAAGCUAAGAACGGGUCUCUGCAGCAUAAUGCUGCAUUUACUAUAUUUGGCCUAGCCAAUAAUGAGGAUAAUAUUGUUGACCUUAUCAAGGUUGGAGCAGUUCAAAAACUCCAAGAUGGGGAUUUCAUGUCCGAACCGACGAGGGAAUGUGUUUCGAAAACAUUGAAAAGAAUAGAAGAGAAUAUCGAUGGUCGAGUACUGAAGCGCCUUUUAUAUUCGAUGCGAGUUGUAGAGAGAACUGUUCAGAGACAAAUCGCUAUGGCUCUUGCACAUCUUUGUGCUCCUGCUGAUCGAAAAGCCAUUUUUCUUGAUAACAAUGGGUUAGAUUUUCUGUUGGGACUUCUCGACUCAGGAAACCUGAAGCAUCAAAAUCAGGGUGCAGCUGCUUUGUACAAGUUGGCUACCAAAGCUCCUACAAUCCUUCCCGUGGAUACGGCUCCUUCAUCAGCCACCCCACAAGUAUAUUUGGGCGAAAAAUUUGUCAACAGUUCGACACUAUCAGAUAUUACCUUCUUAGUUGAGGGCAAACGAUUCUAUGCUCACAAAAUAUGUCUACUUGCCUCAUCGGAUACUUUCCGUGCAAUGUUUGAUGGGGGUUACAAGGAGGGGCAAGCUAAAGAUGUUGAGAUCCCGAACAUUACAUGGGAAGUUUUCGAUCUAAUGAUGAGGUUCAUAUACACUGGGUCAGUUGAAGUCAAUAUAGAUGUUGCUCAUGAACUCCUGAGAGCUGCUGAUCAGUAUCUCCUGGACGGUCUGAAGCGCCUCUGCGAGUAUGCAAUUGCUCAGGACAUCUCGGUAGACAACAUCACUCUCAUGUACGAGUUGUCGGAAAACUUUAACGCCAUGACCUUGAGAGAAGCGUGCAUACUGUACAUAUUUCAGCACUUUGAAGAACUAAGCACCAAGCCAUGGCGUUCUCAUCUGAUAAAGCGAAUUCUGCCCGACAUCCGGGAUUACUUUGCCAGAGCACUUGCCGUUGAUAAACCCUCUCCAAGCUUUGAUGCGAGGGAGAUGGUAGAUUAGGGUUUUGAGCUCUGCAACUAUUAGUAUAAGCAGUGGCAGUAGGGUCAGCCAUGGUGCCUAGGGCCCAUACCAGAUAGUUAGAUUCAGUUGUCCAAUGUAAAGGCUGCCCUAGUGGCAUGCUAGAGUGAGCUAUGCCCACUAUUUUGUUCAUUUGUAAAUGAAGUUUUUUCAGCGAUAGCAUUUGAUUGCUUUGAUUUUUGAUGACGGGCCAGUCUCUUAAUUACACUACUGGAUGUAUUCCUUCAUCUUGUGUCCCCCCGUUCCUUGCUACUGUCUACUCGUGUUUGCGUUGUUUAUUAGAACCGUAUUCUGGACUGGAAUUGUAUGUUGCAAAGCUGAUUUCUAAGCAAAAUGAAGAAAACGUGAC